AUGGCUGGGAACAUUCUCAUUAUUCUGCUAGUCUUCACGGAUCAGCAGCUUCACACACCUAUGUAUUUUUUUCUUGGAAGUCUUGCAUGCUUGGAGACCUGCAGCAGCUCAAACAUCUUGCCAAGAAUGUUAUCCAAUUUUCUAAGUGGAAGGAAGACCAUUUCUGUCAAUGCAUGCUUCCUGCAAAAUGUUAUCUUUGGUUCUAUAGGAGUUGCAGAAUGUUACCUCUUAUCUGUAAUGUCCUAUGACCGGUACUUAGCUAUAUGCAAGCCACUACAUUAUGUGACCAAGAUGAAUGACAGGCUGUGUUUCCAACUGAUAGCCAUCUCUUGCUUUAGUGGUGUCCUGGCAAAUAGUUUGGCAAUGAUUGCCAUCUCCAUGUUACAAUACUGUGUUCACAAAGAAAUUGACCAUUACUUUUGUGACACUUUUCCAAUCAUAGAACUCUCUUGCAGUGACACCUAUAUAUUAAAACUGUUUCUAUAUGUUGCAUCCUCUGUAAUCACAUUCGCUCCAUUUACAUUGACCUUAACAUCAUACAUUUUCAUCAUUGCAGCCAUAAUGAGAAUCCCAUCCACCACAGGGAAGCAAAAGGCAUUUUCCACUUGUUCUUCCCAUCUCUUGGUAGUUACGUUUUUUUAUGGUACACUGAUUAGCGUAUAUGUAAUACCAGGUAACAAUAGUCUGAAUGGCCUUCGCAAAAUCUUCUCCAUUUUCUAUACCAUCCUGACCCCCAUGGUCAACCCCAUCAUGUACAGUCUGAGAAAUAAAGAGGUGAAGGAUGCCUUGAGAAGACAUGCUUUAUUUGUAUUUGUUCAAAUUCAGAAGCUAUACAGGAACAGCAUUUUUUACUUCCUCAAAACAGCAUUCAAAAUGUGA